AUGGCAAGCAAAAAUUACAGAUUGGAUCCAAUCUUUCAAUUGUAUGAUCCGAUUCAAUAUUCGUUCAACAAGAAGAAAGAGGAUUACGUAAUCAUCUCACCAUCGGUAGGGACAAAGACCCAAAUAAACGACACAGGAAGAGUUACAUUUGAAAUUAAUUCGUUGUCCAAUUGGUUGCUGCUUUCCGAUGCCCAUUUCCGAUGCGAUUUCAAAAUCAAAGACGGCGCUCAGAAUCGAAUUCCACAAACCAACACGACUUUAGAAAACAACUUCUUUCCGUCUUUAUUCAGCGAAAUGGUUUUGGAAGCUGGUUCAAAUCCGAUAACGACCAUAAAACACCCCGGCGAGUUUGACACAAUGUUGAAAACGGUUCUGUAUCCCAAAAACUACGAUUCAGUUUCGGGAUGGAUUCCCGAUGUCGGUGAUGGAGAAGUUUUAAAAGAACCGGUAAGAAAUCUUGCAAAUGAUGCCGAUUUAGCUAGAGUUAGAGUUGUUGCUAGAAACACACUGAAAAGAGUGACUCGCGGAGUAAAUCACGGAUUUGAAAAACGAGCGCUUCAAUAUAACAACGUUGUCGAGAACAACAGAUGGGAAACUUUAGUUAUGAAAAUAAUAGAAGCUAUGGAAACGAAUUCGCCGACUCUAAUAACUUACAACGGUAAAAAAGUGCAUAUAACCCAAAAGAUUAUCGAUAAAUACAAACAUUGCAAAGUCAGAGACGAUAUAGACUUGGAAAGAAUUGAUGAGAAUUUAACUCAAAAAGGUGGAUUUUUACCUUUCUUACCUUUAAUCUUUGCUGGUUUAGCUGCAGCCGGUGCAACUGCUGGUGGAGCUGCUGGGAUAGCCAAAGCUGUCAACGAUAAGAAAGCUGAAGCCGCUGCAAACGCCGAAGCACGUAGACACAAUUUGUCAAUGGAAAGAGAAGCACGAGGAGGUUUGGGAGUAGGAGAUAUAUAUGGGACGGUUAAAGAAUUCGGACAAAGAUUUGGCGAAGAAACCAAGAAAACCGUUAAAGAGGGAUUAAGCAAAUUAAUAGAUAAAAUCGACACCGGAGAAAUGAAGGUCAAACACAAGGGCGACGCCAUAUUUUUUAAAAACAUACGUUCGGGCGAGGGAAUCUUCCUUUCAAAGUAUAAAAGCAACGGAGUGAUUUUUAGUACGAAAAUGUAA